AUGUCGUCUGCCAACCAAGUACAGCUAUCUAUACACCCACUCCCCGUACUCAACAUAUCCGAUCACUGUACCAGGUCAAAGUGGAUUGGCAGUGCUGAGGUGUCUAUAGGUGCGCUUCUAGGCGUUCAAUCUGGGAGAAAUGUUCAAAUCGUAAAUAGCUUCGAGUUGAGAGUCGCGGGCGGUGUCGAAUUGGAUAACGAAUACCUGAAUACCCGUCUCGAGCUAUUCAAGCAGGUGUUCCCGGAAUUUGAGCUGAUUGGCUGGUAUACUCAACGCACAAUCGCCAACACCACUCAAAUACACAAGCAACUCCUUAAGUACACUGAGUCACCGUUAUUACUCGUCGUAGACACUCAGUCCACCAACAUCCACGCCUACGUCAGUGUAUUCGAUGUGGAUGACAUUAAAUUGGUGGAAAGCGACUACUCAAUCCAAACAACUGAUAUUGAAAGGGUUACUGUUGAUGAUAUACACAAAUCAAACCACUCCUCCCACUCCUCUGCUCUCAAAAACGGCCUCAACACGCAAGUUAACGCUAUAAAACUGUUGGAUGAGAGAGUGGACGUGAUUAGAGGGUAUUUGACAAAGCUAGUUCAUGGCCAGACACGCAGAGACGACGAAAUACUUGGUAUGAUUUAUAACAUCUCAACUCAACUGCCUGCGACUACCAGUGCUCAGUUUGAGAGAGAGUUGGACACUGAAGCCAACGACACCCAGCUCACUACCCUCCUCGCUGCCCUCACCUCAUCCACACACUCCCUCAACAACCUCAUCAACAAACAUUCCAUCACUACCACCUCGUCGCAGUCCCCACAGUCUCUCCAAGAUCAGAUCAAUUCGGGUAUUAAAAAGGGCUUGUUUCAACACCCAUCUCAGCAACCAAUCAAAUCUAGGAUACCUAAGAAGGGUGCUGGUCGGAGGACUUAG